CAAGUCAUAGAGGACUUUUACUUUGAAAUUCCUACCGGAUGUCCCGUGUUGUGUGAUGUCAGUGCAGCUGAACUGGAGCGACAUCAGAUCCUGAAGUUGCGUUGUGUGUUAACGGAGCGGCGGCGGCGAUGUGGUCGGUUCAAUACCAAAUACUCGGACAACAUAUUCCUUUAAACCGGUAACAACCGGACAGUGAGCGGCUUCACAAGCCUUAGCGAGGUUAGACGAGGUCAUUUCGCUGACGACUUCAUACUUUCCCCCGGAGGCCUGGGGGGAAACACACACAGCGUUGAGCUAACGAGACGUAGCCACCAUGUCGUGGGAAGAAAUACCUUGUUGUUUUGCGGCCUCGGCUCUGUGCUCGCCUCUAGCCCGCUCACCUGCUCUCUGAUCCCGCUGGACAACAACACGAGCAGCGGUAACUUCAGCUGUCAAUGCAGCUCACAGUUAGCAUUGUAAAUUAGUCAACACCGACGGUUUUUACUCGUUAGCUUGCGGAGCCAUGGCGGACAGCUUUGGAGAGCAAUCCAGCAGCAGCGGUGCCCUUGGCUUAGCCGGUACCGGACAGGGCAGCGGAGCUUCACUGCCGACUUUGGCCAACUCUCUGCCGGCAGCCAGCGGCGCUCACUCCAGCUCGAACCCGUUCUCCCCUCCUCCCGCCGCGGCCGCGCACAGUGGCCUAACCGCUCUGGUGGCCCCUCUGUCCGCUGUCACUGCUACCUCUGCCGGGUUUGGGAACACGUUCACCCCGGGCUCCUCGCCACCGGUCGUGGCCAUGUCUCCGACCCUACACGCAUCCUUGCCUCUCCCCGGUGUCGGGCUGGGGGUCGGCGGGGUGGCAGGAGCGGACCUCCUGUCCCACAUCCACGCCACGUCCUGGGACCCGACUCUCAGCACGGACUGGGACAACGAGAAGGCUUCCCAGCAGUGCAUCCUGAGGAUAAAGAGGGAUAUCAUGUCCAUCUACAAGGAACCUCCACCAGGGAUGUUUGUCGUACCUGAUCCUCAAGACAUGACCAAGAUCCAUGCCCUGAUCACAGGGCCGUUCGACACACCGUACGAGGGCGGCUUCUUCCUCUUCCUGUUCCGCUGCCCCCCCGACUACCCCAUCCACCCACCGCGGGUCAAGCUCAUCACCACUGGACACAACACUGUCCGCUUCAACCCCAACUUUUACCGCAACGGCAAGGUCUGCCUCAGCAUUCUGGGGACAUGGACAGGCCCAGCAUGGAGCCCAGCCCAGAGUAUCUCAUCUGUCCUCAUCUCCAUCCAGUCUCUGAUGACCGAGAACCCCUAUCACAAUGAACCUGGCUUUGAACAGGAGCGCCACCCAGGGGACAGUAAAAACUACAACGAGUGUAUCCGCCAUGAGACCAUGAGGGUGGCUGUGUGUGACAUGCUGGAGGGUAAAGUCCCCUGUCCUGAAGCUCUGUGGAGUGUGAUGGAAAAGUCCUUCCUAGAAUACUACGAUUUCUACGAGGGGGUGUGCAAAGAGAGACUGCAUCUACAGGGACAGAACAUGCAGGACCCAUUUGGCGAGAAGCGCGGCCGUUUCGACUACCAGGGCCUAAUGGCUCGUCUCAGCGCCACCCACAGGCGAAUACGUGAGAAAACUUUGGCGGAGGAAAACCACAACGACGACGUCUCAGACUCAGACACCAGCUCCUCGGGGACGGACCCUGACAGCCAGGGCAGCUCCCAGCCCUGACUCCCUGGACAGUGGUGGACUCAAAGCCAGGCCAAGAACUAAAGACAAAGGGACCUUUUUUUUUUGUUUUGGUUGCAUUGGAGGAACAAAAUCACAGAAGAGAAUGCAGAGUUUAGUGAGUCCAGGGUUCAGGGUUUGGAAUCAAGCUUCUGUUGUAUGGCUGCUUCAGAGAGAGAGAAGAAUUGGUAGUGCUCUCCUGACAACAGGAAAUGAGCACCAUCCGCUAGUCAAAUGCUGGUAAAUCUAGGGUGGAGCGGCGUAUUUGUGCUACUUUUGUAGCUAACCAGCUGUCAUUUUGAUGUCCUGUUUGAUUCUAAAAUUUGUCGGCUGCCCAAAUGCCCGAAAGAUGUUAACCAGCCAUUGUUGCUUGUGGAUAUAAAAGAUUAGUUUCAUGGCUCAAACCUUUUGAAUGCAUAUAUGCAGAUUAUUGCAACAUUCUAAGGCAGUUGUUCCACUUUAACCCACAAACCCAAAACAGAUGCCCAGUCAGUUUUUAUACUCCUUACUGAGAAAAGACUGUCUGAUGGGAAUCGACGAGGAGAAGGCCUGGAGCUAAAAAAAUUGGCAUGUUUGAGCCAGACGAAGGGACCUUAUAUUGGGAACGUCGGGGUAACUGGCCAGUGGAGGUUGAUGGUGUUCAUCACAGCAGGCUCUCCUUCAAAGUCGCCCUGUCUUCUUUAAAAUUCAAAGAUGGACCUUUUAACAAACGGAAGGUAGUUGGAGAAAGGCUUUCGUGAGUCACGUGCCUCGUCUCCUCUGGGCAGGGUGAAGCCACGUCACAGCUCUUUCAUACUGAACCUCAGCCGCCUCUAUAACCAGGCCACAAAAAAACAUCAGCAGCUCGCUAGUCUGAGUACAAUGAUUCCUGUGUAUUAUACAAAAACCUCUGCUUAGAUUUCAGUUCUAAUAGUGCUGUUGAGUUGACAGUAAAUCUGUUUACCAGAUAAGAAGCAGUUAGAGAAAUGUCACAAUGUUUCAUUGACAUCCUCCACCUUUAUACCCUUUUUGUUUAUACCCUCUUUUUGUCUGUUUUCCUCAUUGUUGUGCUGAAACUAAUGCUAAUUUGCAGUGUGUAGGGUGCAUCGUUUAUUUGGAAACCCUGCCGUUCUUUGGGUUGCUGGCUCUUGUGAUUAACCCGUCAAGAUAUAAACCAAACUAUCCUAUGCUUUAGCUAGAUCCACCCGGGCUCGGGGGGAACUAAUGGAGGCAAGCAAAAGUAACUUUCCAUGUGAUCACACUGUAAGUGACUCAGUCGCGCUGUUAAUGAGGGCCAACCAAAGCCUUUGGGGGCCUUAUUUCGGAAAAGAUAUGUACGGUAGUCACCGGAGUCAACUCACCUCUCUAUACACAGAGGGCAAUGUAAGCCUCUUACUGCUUUGGUAUCGGUUUCUAAAUAAUUUGAUUUAAUACUUGGAGCUUUUGUUGAAAAGAAACCGAUGAAAACCUGCCCUCCAAUAAUUCGCAUACCAAUAUUCGUCAUUUCACAUGCGUGCCCCUAGAUGUAAGCCCCGAUUUGGGUUUGACGUUCCAAAAUCACAUCAAUAGGGGAAAUAAUGACGCAAUGAAUAAAUCUGAUCAGCAAGUUUCACACAGUGAAAUGAACGGACUCGUUGACAGCAUAGUUUGCAGUGUGAUCACAGGGAGACGUGUUCUCUAGAAAGAGAAGAGAAGGGAGCAUGGCUUUAUGAGUGGAGAAGUCCAUCUUGACACAAUACUCACGUCCUAUGUACGUCGAAUGUGUUAUCGGUUGCUGUAAUUAUUCAACCUGUUCACACUGGCCGUGAAAACAUCAAGUGGGUAUGUUCGUACGACGUCCUGGUGGUCAGGUGUAGGUUUAUUGCUAUAUUUGGUGCCUGCUUUGCAACUACCAGGAUGUUACAGUAUCUGAGCCCCAGCAGAUGGAUUCCACGCUGGAAACAUUGUCAGUGGAAAGUACAAUUUUUCCAGGUUAACUUGUCAGCUGAAUAUUAGGGAGGGAUCUGUUCAUGGCCAGUAUGACCAGGAGGAAUGAUUAUACCGAGUAACCAAUACCAGUAACUCUUCCAAACACACAUACAUACAUAUAUACAUACAUACAUACAUACAUACAGUACGUGAGCAUCGUAUUGAGAUAAGAGUUGAGAAAAAUCUGAACGUAUCCUUUUAAAGGAAUAGUUUGAUAUUUUGGGAAAUAUGCUUAUUGACAUCCUUGCCAAGAGUUGGAUAAGAACGAUACUACUCGCAUGUCCGUACAGUAAAUAUGAAGCUACAGCCAGUUAGCUUAAAAUGAAGACUGUAAAUAGGGGGGGAAUAGAGCUAGCCUGUCUCUGUCUGAAGGUAACCAUCCACAUACUAGCACCUCCAAAACUCACCAAUUAACACAUUGUUUAAUCUGUACAAACCAAAGUGUAUAAACCCAGUAUAUGUCUGGACCGUGUACAGUCAGUCUGUGAAUUUGUGGCUAAAUUGCUAUACAAAUAAUCAGCGGUCACAUCUAUAGUGUUAAAUCCAGCGGUACAUGUCCACAAGGUCCGGUGAGGAUACUAAGGGACGCAACACGGCGGCCUGCUCGUAAACUAUCCCGUCUAAAAAAUCCACCAAAAUCUACUCGUGAAAACAUUUUAAGCGAGAAAUGGACUAUGAUGUCACUGCUGAAUCUGGUUUCAAUUUAGAACUAGAUCGCCCCAGUUUCACAGCUUCGUCCAAGUUUCGUGAGCCGGAAGCGUCGCGCUGGACGGGCUCAUUUGCAUAACGGACUGUUCCUGCCUUUUUUUAUUUUGAAAAAGCAACGGCACAAUGAGGAAACUCAUCAAACACUCUGCCAACCAAUUGUGUAACUUCACAACUUCUUCAACUUGCGUUUGUAGGGCUGGCCCUCUGCGGUCCAGACAAAAAUGACAAUUUGCCAUUUUAAAGGGGGAGUAUGUGCCAAGAAAGAAUCCGGUACAUAACCCCCCAUAAAACCAUAAAACAUUGUUUUUACAUUUUGUACGGAUUAAACAAGAGGUUACGUGUUAAUAACUGAGCAUAGCGAUAGCGAUGUGCUUUCCUUCGCUGUGACGAGUGUGUUGAUGGAUGAAGCAUUUACUCAUUUAGCAGCUGGCUACUUAGCUAGCUAACAAUAGCUUGCUAAUUCCACCAUGCUUUCAUGCUAACGUUACUCCGGUUACAGGAAAUGAGCAGAACAGCGGCAGCGCUGGGUCUAGGUCCCUCCUCCCCGUCGCUGGGAAACUACUUUGACCGGAAGGAGAGCGCUCGCUCAUUUGCCCAUUUUUUUAGCAUUUUUUAGCAAUUAUGCUAUCCCCUUCCUGUUUUGAUGCCGGUAGAUGUGGUCGGGCUAGCUAGCUAGCUAGUUAGCUGUUGGACUGUGAGAGCUAUUAUGUGAGAGGAAAAGGGGAAUUCAUAUCUCAUGUUGCGAUAGUUUCAUUUCGGCUGUAGCCUCAUAUUUAGCCGAUAGGGAGAGUGGUAACAACAUUUUUGCGUACUACUCCUUUAAGUCCGAAUACAGACUCUUCAGCAUGCAACCCUUCUUGCACUCUUUUCAACAUGGUGAGACAAGGGGUCGGACAAGUGAACGACGUUUUGUGCUUGUUGUAUUUCCUUUCUGCCUUCCAUUGUCCUCCAGUGUCUGUCUUUAGCUCUCCGCAUCCAUGCUGACGGAGAGAGGAGCAGUUUGCUUCUGCUGUCAGUGUUCUGUCAAACCCCUGGUCCACCGGCACAGGUUAGGUUCAAAUGGGAUUACUAAUAUAGGGCAUUCCUUUUUAUUUGUUUUAUUAUGUUAUAGAAUGGUUAUAUGAGAAGCAGCUCCUAUAGCAGAAUAUAUGUGAUUGCCAAAAUGUUGAUUGCAACACACUUCCUGAAGUGGAAGUUAAAGAGAUCAUAUCCCUGUUUGGUUGUGUUGUGUUGUGCUUAAAGCAGGGUUCUUCUGUGGCUCCAUAAAGCCUGGAUUACUGACAUGUCAUCAUGUCCAGCUCUGCAAAAAUGUUGGCAUUGUACAGAAGUUCUGGAAAAGUACAGAAUAAAAUGUUGUUCAGUCCUGAUA